UGUCCCAAAUGUCGGCUAAAUAAGUGUUUUGAGAUCGGAAUGAAAAAAGAAUGGAUCCUUUCGGAUGAAGAGCGGGAAGUGAUGCGACAGAAAGUGGAGGAAAAUCGGCAAAAGCGGCGAAAGACCGAAAUGACCACCAAUUCAUCGACAGAUAAUCAAAGAUAUAAUAAUAAUAACAAUAAUUUCUAUGAAAAUAUAGAGACAAUUGUCUCGCAAAACACAUACAAUAAUAACAGACUUAACGAAGUAAAUCGCAAUACUGUCAACACAUCCGCCGGUGACUUGUCUUUGGAUUUCAAUAGCAUUUGCGAUGACUUUGAGAUGUUUGAGCCGACCAUUGCUGCGGCCGCCGGAGAUCAGGCCAUAAACAACGAGAUAAAUCAAAUUGAAAAUAGCCUUAUAGAAGGUGUUGUUGGUACUGAUAAUAAUGAUGGUAAUAGUAAUGAUAAUCACCAAUGCUUAUCAUCGGAUUCAUCAUCGGAUGGUAACCAAGAAAACAACUCAACGCUCACCCAAUAUAGCCGACAAAACACAUACAACGCGAGUCGUGUCCUAAUAAACAUCACCACAAAUCAAGAGUCGACUAAAUCGCUUAAUAUUGACCACAUUUUUGGCGACAAAAGUCUAUUCCCAAACACAGGCCUCGCGUCCAAUAGUGGCGAUCACUCAGUGGUUCCCAUCGGGCGGCCAAUCACUGACCACAACCGGGACUUUAACGAGACUGAGGGCCAGUGUCUGUACGAGUUGUUGAACGCGUUGAUGCUGUUGAAAGACCCGGAGCCA